AUGGUACCAAAGUUAACCAUUCCUGAAACAUCUUAUGAUGCUUCCAUCUAUACCACUCCUCAUAGGAGAUCAUCUUUACUCAUAUAUUUAGUAAGAUUAACUAAUGGAUCGAGUUUGUUGUUGAUUUUAGCUUACAUUGUGGGGUAUUUUGUCAUUAAACCUUUACUUGAAACCAAGAAUGACCGAAGACUAGAAAUCUUAGAAAAGUAUAGACACAAAAUAAGAGACACAUACUUGAAAUUGAUAGGUCUGGUUGAUUAUAUUCCAAUUGUUGGUAUCAAGAAGAAUAAAAAGGUGGUCGUUGAUAUGAUUACUCAAACUGAUGAAUCAUAUUUGAAGAAAACAGUUGAAUUAAAUAACGAAGAGAAGUUGGAGAUGUUGAAUAAAGAAGAUAAAUUGAGUCAAAAGAAGUUGUCAGAAAAGUUGAACAAAUUAUCAGAAGUGUUGAAUAGUUGUAGUUCGUAUUCCACUCAAGAAAUGCCCCAUUAUAAGACUGUCCGAGAUGAUUUGAAGAUAUUUCAACAUGAUAUCGAUACAAAAUUAUUCAAUUAUGACACUUUAUACAGUGAUGGGAAGAGAAACCUUGUGGUGGAUAGUAAAAAUGAUAUAAGAAGUAUGAAAGGGUUAUAUAUGAGUGGACAGAUAUGA